CAGACGUCAAACUGCCUUAUGAAUAUUGAUGCGGAGGCUAGGCUGCUUUCGUAGAGAAGCAGAAGGAAGCAAGAUGGCUGCCCUUUAGGAUUUGUUAGAAAGGAGACCCGACUGCAACUGCUGGAUUGCUGCAAGGCUGAGGGACGAGAACGAGGCUGGCCAACAUCAUCAUCAAACCCUCUCAAGAUUGUCUACUUGCCCCUGCUCCUGUUGAGUUACCACACUUGGAAGCAGGAGAUGGGCUCAGCAGCAGCCAACAGGCCAUGAUCCAGGAGGAGCAGUAAGGGAUAGAGCUGCUGAAUUCAUUCAGAGGGCAGCCUCGUGGAUGGCCCCGAAGCAAGCCUGAUGGAACAGGACAGAACCAACCAUGUUGAGGGCAACAGACUAAGUCCAUUCCUGACACCAUCUCCUUCUCCCUUAUGCCAGACAGAACCUCUGGUUCUAAAGCUCCAGAAUGGAAGCCCAUUAACUGAGCGACCUUAUUCAGAAGUAAAUGGAGACACCAAGUGGCAGUCUUUCAAAAGUUACUAUGGAAUACCCCCUAUGAAGAGAAGCCAGAACAGUCGCGGGAGUCCGGACUUUAUACAAGAAGGUAGAGGGUAUUCCAGAUGCUUACAAAACGGAGGAAUCAAGCGCACAGUUAGUGAACCUUCCCUCUCUGGGCUUCACCAGAACAAGAAAUUGAGACAAGACCAAAAGGCUAAUGGAGAAAGAAAGAACUUCGGGGAAAGCCAAGAAAGAAAUCCAGGCAAAGGCAGCAGUCAAAUGAAUGUCUCCGAUUUGAGUGAUAAGAGAGAAUCUGUGAGCUCUGUAGCCCAAGAAAAUGCAGUUAAAGAUUUCAUCAGUUUUUCAGCACAUAACUGCAGUAGGUCUGAAAAACCAGAGCUUCAGAUUCUGAAUGAGCAAGAAGAGAAAAAUGCUAACUACCAUGACAAGAAUAUUGUAUUACUUCUUAAAAACAAGGCAGUGCUAAUGCCUAAUGGUGCUACAGUUUCUGCCUCUUCCAUGGAAAACACACAUGGUGAACUCCUGGAAAAAACACUGUCUCAAUAUUAUCCAGAUUGUGUUUCCGUUGCGGUGCAGAAAACCACAUCUCACAUACAUGCCAUUAACAGUCAGGCUACUAAUGAGUUGUCCUGUGAGAUCACUCACCCAUCGCAUACCUCAGGGCAGAUCAAUGUCCCACAGACCUCGAACUCUGAGCUGCCUCCCGAGCCAGUUGCAGUGGUGACUGAGGCCUGUGAUGCUGACAAAGCCAGUAAGACAGGUGCAGUGAUAGGGACCUGUCCCUUUCAGAAACCAGAAAAACAAAAAUCAGUUUUCAACAGAUGCCCGUCACGUGUGGAAAACAGUACCAUCCAAGGAACCACAGAGCUGGUAUCUGGUGAAGAAUUCUGUUCAGGUUCCAGCAGCAAUUUGCAGGCUCCUGGUGGCAGCCCUGAACGGUAUUUAAAGCAAAAUGAAACAAAUGGUGCUUACUUCAAGCAAAGCUCAGUGUUCACUAAGGAUUCCUUUUCUGCCCCUACCACACCACCACCACCAUCACAAUUGCGUCUUUCUCCCCUUCCUCCUCUUCCAGAGGUUUCUCAGCUUCCUUCAGAAGGCAAAAGCACUCUGAACGAUGGAGUUUUGGAAGAACACCAUCACUACCCCAACCAAAGUAACACAGCUCUUUUAAGGGAAGUAAAAAUAGAGGGUCAACCCGAGGCACGGCCAUCCCCAAGUCCUAAUCCAUCUACACGUGCAUCCAACCACUCUCUGAUGCUUCCAGAAAGGCCUCAGAAUAAUUGUGUUAACCAGAAUGACAUACAAACUCCAGGGACGAUGACAGUUCCAGCAUGUUCUGAGAAAGCGAGACAAAUAUCAGAACACAUCAUGCAUAACCCACCAGUGCUGGGUAGCAGCGGGGAUCCGCAAGACCACUGCCAGCAGAUGAUGGGACACAAAGAGCAAGAUAUUCCGAAGGGUCGAGACAAGGAACAAACACGAGGACUUGUGCUCCCAGCACAGCCCUCUCUGAAACCGGGGUGGAUUGAACUGAAGCCUCCUCAUUUUCAUCAAGCAGAAUCCCACCCAAAAUGUCAUGAGGUAUCACUGUGGUCAGUUCUUCAGUAUCAGUCCAACCCCACCAGUCAAAUGACCUCCAAACAAUACACUGGAAAUUCCAGCCUGCCUGGGGGACUCCCAGGGCAGGCUUACAUCCAGAAAAUAAUGCAGCCAGAGCAGAGGCCACAAAGGUACCAAGGUGAGAUGAAUCGAGAGCAGUCUCAAGGUACAUUGGACCAGCAGCUCCAGUUCCAAAAACCUUCACUCCAGGUGCACUUCUCCAAGACAGACCCUUCAUCCAAAGCUCACGUGCAGUCAUUGUGCACCCACAGGUUUUAUUUUGAACAAAGACCAGAUUCCCAAACUGAGAAACUCCUACCUGCAUCGUUAAAACAGCACUUGAAUCAGCAGGCUUCGGAGACUGAGCCAUUCUCAAACUCACACCUUUUACAACACAAGCCUCAUAAGCAGGCAGCACAAACACAAACACAACCAUCCCAGAACUCGCUUAUCUCUCAAAACCAGCAGCAGCAGCAAACAUUACAAAUGAAGAAUAAAGAACAAAUGCCCCAGACUUUUUCUCAUCCCCAAGGCAACAACAAUCAGCAAAGAGAAGGAUCAUUCUUUAGCCAGAUUAAAGUGGAAGAAUGUUGCCAUGGUGAAAAUCAGUAUUUGAAAUCCAGUGAGUUCCAGACUCAUGCUACUCAAAUGGGAUUGGAGCAAGUACAGAAUAUGAAUAGUAGAAAUCCCCCCUAUGGUCAGAUCUUGAAAUUAAAUCCAAGCAAACUACAGAUUCCUUGUUCAAACAAUACACACCUAGUUCCAGAAAAUAAAGAACAGACUAUAAAUCCUGAACUCUUUGCAGGAAACAAGAUCCAAAACUUGCAUCACAGGCAAUAUUUUCCAAAUAAUGUGACUCCAAAGCAAGACGUUCUUCAUAGGUGCUUUCAAAAACAAGAGCAGAAGCCUCCACAAGCUUCAGUUCUCCAGGGAUAUAGAAGUAGAAACCAAGAUACGUCUGGCCAGCAAGCAGCACAGCUCCCUCAGCAAAGGUACCUGAUGCAAAACCAGGCAAAUGCUUUCCCUGCGUCUGACCAGGGAGGAAGUCACAUUCAGACUCCUCCCCAGAAGGACCUUCAAAAGCAUGCUGCUCUAAGGUGGCACCUCUUGCAAAAGCAAGAGCAGCAGCAAACACAACACCCCCAUACGGAGUCUUGUCCUAGUCAGAUGCACAGACCAAUUAAGGUUGAACCUGGAUCCAAGCCCCAUACCUGUAUGCGCUCCACGUCAGCACAGCCAGAAAGCAAAACGUGGAAAAAGAUAACUAAGCAAGAGAUUCCACCUCCAAGUUGUGAUAAUGUGCAACAAAGGAGCAUCCUUGAGACCAUGGAGCAACAUCUGAAGCAGUUUCAGGUCAAAUCAUUAUUUGACCAUAGGGCUCUGACUCUCAAAUCACAGAAGCAAGUAAAAGUUGAAAUGUCAGGGCCAGUCACAGUUUUAACUAGACAGACCACAGCUGCAGAACUCGAUAGCCACACCCAAGCUCUAGAACAGCAAGCAACUCCUUCUUCAGAAAAGACACCCACCAAAAGAACAGCUGGCUCUGUUCUCAAUAAUUUUUUAGAGUCACCUUCCAAAUUACUAGAUACUCCUAUAAAAAAUUUAUUGGAUACACCUGUCAAGACUCAGUAUGAUUUCCCAUCAUGCAGAUGUGUAGAGCAAAUUAUUGAAAAAGAUGAAGGUCCUUUUUAUACCCAUCUAGGAGCAGGUCCUAAUGUGGCAGCUAUUAGAGAAAUCAUGGAAGAAAGGUUUGGACAGAAGGGUAAAGCUAUUAGGAUUGAAAGAGUCAUCUAUACUGGUAAAGAAGGCAAAAGUUCUCAGGGAUGUCCUAUUGCUAAAUGGGUGGUUCGCAGAAGCUGCAGUGAAGAGAAGCUGCUAUGCUUGGUGCGGGAGCGAGCUGGCCACACCUGUGAGGCUGCAGUGAUUGUGAUUCUCAUCCUGGUGUGGGAAGGAAUCCCAUUGUCCCUGGCUGACAAACUCUACUCCGAGCUCACUGAAACCCUGAGGAAAUACGGCACUCUGACCAAUCGCCGUUGUGCCCUGAAUGAAGAGAGAACCUGUGCCUGUCAAGGGCUGGAUCCUGAGACCUGUGGUGCCUCCUUUUCUUUUGGUUGUUCAUGGAGCAUGUACUACAAUGGAUGUAAGUUUGCCAGAAGCAAGAUCCCAAGAAAAUUUAAGCUGCUUGGGGAUGACCCAAAAGAGGAAGAGAAACUGGAGUCUCAUUUACAAAACCUGUCCACUCUUAUGGCACCAACAUACAAGAAACUUGCACCUGAUGCAUAUAAUAAUCAGAUUGAAUAUGAACACAGAGCACCAGAGUGCCGACUGGGUCUGAAGGAAGGCCGGCCAUUCUCAGGGGUCACUGCAUGUUUGGACUUCUGUGCUCACGCCCACAGGGACUUACACAACAUGCAGAAUGGCAGCACAUUGGUAUGCACCCUCACUAGAGAAGACAAUCGAGAAAUUGGAGGAAAACCUGAGGAUGAGCAGCUGCAUGUUCUGCCUCUCUACAAAGUCUCUGAUGUGGAUGAGUUUGGGAGUGUGGAAGCUCAAGAGAAGAAGAAGCAAAAUGGUGCGAUUCAGGUGCUGAGUUCUUUUCGGCGGAAAGUCAGGAUGUUAGCGGAACCAGUCAAGACGUGCCGACAAAGGAAACUAGAAGCCAAGAAAGCUGCAGCUGAAAAGCUUUCCUCUCUGGAGAACAGCGCAAAUAAGAAUGAAAAGGAAAAGUCAGCCUCAUCUCGUACAAAACAGACUGAAAAUGCAAGCCAGGCGAAACAGUUGGCAGAGCUUUUGCGACUUUCAGGACCAGUCAUGCAGCAGCCCCAGCAGCCCCCGCCCCCACCCCCACCCCCGCCGCUGCAGAAGCAACCUCCACAGCCACAGAAGCAGCAACCCCAGCACCCGCCCCAGCAUCACCCAGUGACGAAUAACCCUCAGUCAGAGCCCGUCAACUCCUACUCUUCCUCUGGAUCUGCCAACCUGUACAUGAGACGGCCCAAUCCAGUGAUCCAGGCUUACCCGAGCUCUUCACACACUUCAGAUGUUUAUGGGGGUGCCAGCCCUAUGAACCUCUAUUCCACACCAUCCCAAGCUACAGGUUCAUAUUUGAAUUCUUCUAAUCCCAUGAAUCCCUACACUGGGCUUCUCAACCAGAAUAACCAAUAUCCAUCCUAUCAGUGCAAUGGAAAUGUAUCGGUGGAUAACUGCUCCCCGUAUCUGGGUUCCUAUUCUCCCCAGUCUCAGCCCAUGGAUCUAUACAGGUAUCCAAACCAAGACCCUCUCUCUAAACUAAAUUUACCACCCAUCCAUACACUUUACCAGCCGAGGUUCGGAAAUAGCCAGAAUUUUUCUUCUAAGUACUUAGGUUAUGGAAACCAAACUAUGCAGGGAGAUGCCUUCAGCAGUUGUACCCUUAAAACAAAUGUACACCAUGUAGGGACAUUUCCUCCUUAUUCCACUCAUGAGAUGGAUGGCCACUUCAUGGGCGCCGCCUCUAGAUUACCACCCAAUCUGAGCAAUCCAAACAUAGACUAUAAGAACGGUGAGCAUCCCCCAUCUUCUCAUAUAAUCCGUAACUACGGCGCCGCUCCAGGCAUGUUCAACAGCUCUCUCCAUGCCCUGCACCUCCAAAACAAGGAAAAUGACAUGCUUGCCCACACAGCUAAUGGGUUCUCUAAGAUGCUUCCAGGUCUUAGCCAUGAUAGAACCGCUUCUGUCCAAGAAGGCUUACACAAAUUACAGGAGGCUGGUAACCAGGAAAAGCAGCCAUCUGCCACCGAGGACAAUGAUGAAGUCUGGUCAGACAGUGAGCAGAGCUUUCUAGAUCCUGACAUUGGGGGAGUGGCUGUGGCUCCAACUCACGGGUCAAUUCUCAUUGAGUGUGCCAAGCGCGAGCUUCACGCCACCACCCCUUUAAAGAAUCCCAAUAGGAAUCACCCCACCAGGAUCUCUCUUGUCUUUUACCAGCAUAAGAGCAUGAAUGAGCCAAAACAUGGCUUGGCGCUCUGGGAAGCCAAAAUGGCUGAAAAAGCCCGAGAGAAAGAGGAAGAGUGUGAGAAGUAUGGCCCGGACUAUGUGCCUCAGAAAACCCACGGCAAAAAAGUGAAACGGGAACCCACUGAGCCGCAUGAACCUUCCGAGCCCACUUACCUGCGCUUUAUCAAGUCCCUUGCUGAAAGGACCAUGUCCGUGACCACAGACUCCACAGUAACUACAUCUCCAUAUGCCUUCACUCGGGUCACAGGGCCUUACAACAGAUACAUAUGAUGUCACCCCUUGUGGUGGGUACCUCAUUUGAAAAGACCACAACCAACCUGUCCGUAGUAUGGUUCUCAUGACAGGGGCAGUGGGGAAAGGAUACAGGAUUCAUGACAAAUGUGGUGGGAGGAACCUCAGCUCACCAGCAAAAGAAGAGGUCAUCCUACCAUAGCACUUAGUUUCCACUGACUCCUAAGUGGCCGCAGAUGGCAUCUAGGCAAAAAGACCAAAGCAUUCUAUGCAAAAAGAAGGUGGGGAAGAAAGUGUUCCACAAUUUACAUUUUUAAACACUGGUUCUAUUAUUGGACGAGAUGAUAUGUAAAUGUGAUUUUUUUCCCCCUUAGAACUCUAAACAUCUGUGACCACUUUUAAUAAUACCAAGUUUGCAUAGUCAUGGAACACAAGUCAAACAAGUACUGUAGUAUUACAGUGGCAGGAAUUUUAAAAUACCAUCUGGUGCUGAAUAUACAAUGUACUGAAAUACUGGAAUUAUGGCUUUUUAACAUGCAGUUUUUACUGUAAUCUUAAUAUUAACUUUUAUUUAUCAAAAUAGCUACAGGAAGCAUAAAUGAAUAGAGAGCAAAACACUGAAUUUGUUCGGAUGUUCUAAGAAAUGGUGCUAAGAAAAUGGUGUCUUUAACAAUUGAAAAUUUAAUGCCUUUAUAUCAUCAAGAUGCUAUCAGUGUACUCCAAUGCCCUUGAAUAAUAGGGGUACCUUUUCAUUCAAGUUUUUAGCAUAAUUACCUAUUCUUACACGAGGUUGUUUUUUUUUUUUUUUAAU